AUGGACCAGUCCCUUCCCAUGGACCAACCCCUGCACGUAGAACUGCACAUGGACCAAGUCCUGCAAAUUCACCUGCCCAUGGACCAGGCCCUGCACACGGACCUGUCCAUGGACCAACCCCUGCAAAUUCACCUGCCCAUGGACCAACCCCUGCACAAACACCUGCCCAUGGACCAAAUCCUGCACAUGGACCUGUCCAUGGACCAACUCCUGCACAUGGACCUGUCCAUGGACCAACCCCUGCACAUAGAACUGCACAUGGACCAAGUCCUGCAAAUUCACCUGCCCAUGGACCAAGUCCUGCAAAUUCACCUGCCCAUGGACCAGGCCCUGCACAUGGACCUGUCCAUGGACCAACCCCUGCACAAACACCUGCCUAUGGAUCAACCCCUUCCCAUGGACCAACCCCUGCCCAUGGACCAAGCCCUGCACAAACACCUGCCCAGGGACCAACUUCUGCACACAGACCCGUCCAUGGACCAACUCCUGCAAAUUCACCUGCCCAUGGACCAAGUCCUGCACAUGGACCUGUCCAUGGACCAACUCCUGCAAAUUCACCUGCCCAUGGACCAACCCUUGCACAUGGACCACCCCCUACACAUUCACCUGUCCAUGGACCAACCCCUGCAUGCCCACCGACCAACUCCUGCACACGGAUGA